CCCCAUUCUCCUCGAACGCGUCACUGGCCACUGGGCUUACAGGCAACAUGUCGGUCAUGCUCACGAAGUUCGAGUCCAAAAGCAACCGGGUCAAGGGACUCGCGUUCCACCCGACCCAACCACUGCUCGCGGCUUCAUUGCACAACGGCAGCGUUCAACUAUGGAAUUACCGCAUGGGUGUUCUGGUGGACAGAUUCGAGGAACACGAGGGCCCGGUGCGCGCCGUCGCGAUACAUCCCAGUCGCGCCUUGCUCUGCACUGGUGGAGACGACUACAAGAUCAAAGUAUGGGACAUCAAGCCGACCAACCGUCGCUGCCUCUUCACGCUGCACGGCCACCUUGACUUCAUCCGGACGGUACAGUUUCAUCACGAGAUGCCGUGGAUUUUGUCGGCGUCGGAUGACCAGACAAUUCGCAUAUGGAACAGCACCUCGCGCAACUGCAUUGCUAUCCUCACCGGGCACUCUCACUACGUGAUGUCUGCGCAGUUCCACCCGAAAGAUGACCUCAUCGUUUCCUCUUCGCAAGACCAGACAGUCCGCGUCUGGGACAUUUCUGGCCUGCGCAAGAACACACCCAACACCGCCCCCGGUACAUUUGACCAGUUCGACAACUUCUCUACCGUGAAGUACGUCUUAGAGGGCCACGACCGUGGCGUUAACUGGGCGGCCUUCCAUCCCACGCUUCCCCUCAUCGUCUCCGCCUCGGAUGACCGGCAAAUCAAGAUCUGGCGCAUGAGUGAGACGAAGGCAUGGGAGGUUGACGCGUGCAGAGGUCACUUCAACAACGUCUCCACCGCUCUGUUCCACCCCAAACACGAGUUGAUCGUGUCUUGCGGCGAGGACAAAACCGUGCGCGUUUGGGACCUCACGAAGCGCUCUGCUGUGCAAACCUUCCGGCGCGAGCACGAUCGCUUCUGGGUCCUCGCCGCACAUCCCGAACUCAACUUGUUCGCUGCUGGCCACGACAAUGGAUUGAUCGUCUUCAAGCUGGAGCGCGAGCGGCCGGCGUUCGCUAUGCACGGCGACACCGUGUACUACGUGCGCGACAAAUACGUGCGCUCGUAUGACAUCAACACGGGCGCGGAUCUUGGUCUGCUCAGCGUACGCAAGUUUGGGAGCCCAUACGUUCCUCCACGGACGCUCAGCUACAACCCUGCUGAACGAGCUGUCCUGCUGACUAUCUCUUCUGACAACGGGCUCUACGAGUUAUCGGGGCUACCGAAAGACGCUGUUGGCGAGGUCAAGGAUUCGUCAACGGACGGGAAACGCGGCAGCGGUCAGGCAGCGAUUUUUGUGGCAAGGAACAGGUUUGCUGUGCUGAACAAGACCAGUCAGCUCAUUGAAGUGAGGGACCUGUCGAAUUCUGUCGUCAAGAGUAUCAAGCCCCCAGUUCAGACCAACGAGAUCUUCUAUGGUGGAACGGCCAGCCUGAUCCUCAGCUCGGCGUCGUCGGUUGUGCUGUACGAUAUUCAGCAGCAGAAGACGCUGGCAGAGAUCACCACACCGCCUGUGAAGUACGUGGUCUGGAGCGCGGACGGCUCGCUCGUUGCUCUUCUCAGCAAGCACACGAUCACCAUCGCGAACAAGAACUUCUCGCAGCACACGCUCAUUCAUGAGACCAUUCGUAUCAAGUCCGGGGCUUGGGAUGACUCCGGCGUGUUCAUUUACUCUACGCUCAAUCAUAUCAAGUACUGCCUUGCGCAAGGUGACCAUGGCGUCAUUUGCACCCUCGACAACCCGGUCUACUUGACACGCGUCAAGGGCAAGACUGUACAUUGCCUCGACCGCUCUGCGCGGCCGCGCACUAUCACCAUCGACCCCACCGAGUACCGUUUCAAGCUUGCGCUGCUCCGGAACAACCACGAGGAGAUGUUGUAUGCUAUCCGGACGUCGAAUCUCUUGGGCCAGAGUAUUAUUGCCUACCUGCAGCAGAAGGGCUUCCCGGAGAUCGCAUUGCACUUUGUACAAGACAAAAACACGCGCUUCGACCUCGCAAUCGAGUGCGGUAACCUCGACGUAGCGCUGGAGACCGCUCAAGCCAUCGAUCGGCCGGACAGCUGGGAGCGUCUCGCACAGCAGGCGUUGAAACAAGGCAACCACAAGAUCGUGGAGAAGGCGUACCAGCGCACGAAGAACUUUGAUCGACUCUCGUUCCUGUAUUUGGCCACCGGCAGCACCGAGAAGUUGACGAAGAUGCAGAAGAUUGCGGACGCUCGUGGGGACCCGAUGUCGCGCUUCCACAACGCACUGUACGCAGGCGAUGUGCAGGGCCGGAUCGCGGUACUCAGAGACGUCGGAAUGCACUCAUUGGCAUAUCUCACCGCGAAGACGAAUGGUCUGGACGAUGUUGCGCUCGAGAUCCUCGAGGCUGCCGGGCUCACCGAGGCAGACGUCGACGAUGUUCCUUCGUUCGGAAAGUCGACUCUCAAGCCGCCUCCCGUUGUGACGGCGACGACCAACUUCAACUGGCCGUCGCUUGCGACGGGCGAGAGCUUCCUCGACCGCGCGCUCGCGAACGGUCUCGAGGCUGGUGGUGACGCGCCGUAUGUGAACGGUGUUGACGGCAACGGGGCUGCUUCGGCUGCGUUGGACGACUGGGCCAAAGAUGAGGAAGCUGUGGAGGACAUCCCUGCUGAGGAGGGCGCCUGGGAUCUCGAUGCGGAUGCGGAGGACGCGGAUGAGGUCGAAGAGGAAGAGGCAGCCGUCGAGGAGGAGCCCGAACUCGGUGCAGGAGCGACACCCGGCGUCAGCGAGACAGAGCUCUGGACACGCAACUCGCCAUUCGCAGCAGACCAUGUUGCGGCAGGGUCCUUUGACACAGCAAUGCAGCUACUCAGCCGCCAGUUCGGCAUCGUAAACUUCUCCGCUCUCAAGCCCGCAUUCCUCUCUGUUUACCGGUCGUCACACGUAUACCUCUCCCCCAUGGCUUCCCUUCCACCUCUCCAACUCCACCUACGCCGCAGCCCGGAAGAAUCAUCUCCGAGCCGCGUGCUCCCUGUAGCUGUGCGCACACUGCCCUCCAUUCGGGCAGAGCUCUCAGAGGGCUUCCGCGCUGUCUCCGGCAACAAGCUACCAGACGCGCAGACCGUAUUCCGCGCCGUGCUUCGUGCGCUGCUAUUGGUACCCAUCUCGUCUGAUAGCGAGGCCAAAGAGUGGCGCGACUUAGUCACCAUGUCAAGGGAGUAUCUGCUAGGCGUGACGCUGGAGAUUGAGCGCCGCAGAGUCGCCCAGGAGGAGCCAGAUAAUGUCCGCCGCAGCUUGGAGCUCGCGGCGUACUUCACAAGCUGCAAACUUCAGCCCGCGCACCUGCAGAUCGCGCUGCGCAGUGCUAUCGGGGUCUUCGCGAAGGCGAACAACCACGCUACUGCAGCGAAGUUUGCGCGGCGGCUGUUAGAGCUCAACCCCGACCCGAAGAUUGUGGCGCAGGCGCGGCAACGCAUCGCUGCUGGGGACCGGAACCCACGCAACGCGGUCGAGAUCGACUAUGACGAGUUCACGGAAUUCGAGGUUUGCGGGGCAAGCUUCACACCGAUCUACAAGGGUUCACCUGCAGUGCGGUGCCCGUACACCGACGCCGCAUAUCUCCCGCGGUACAAGGGACAACUGGACCCGCUUACGGAGCUGACCGAAAUCGGGGUGUCCUCUUCCGGCUUGCCUGCUCCUCGCUCAUAGUUAGUCAACACCCGUGCUCCGGGCUGGAUGGACAACAAGGAGCUGUAAAGCCUGGAUAUUGUUGCACUACCCGCGCGUCUAUAUCGCCGAAAUGUGAUCUUCGUUCUCGGACCG